GAGGCAUUGUAAAUUCAUUCAGAAAUUCAGAAAUUCUCAGAUAUUAAGAAGAAGAUAUUUAGAGCUUUUAUUAAUAUAUCUAUCUCUUAAAUUUACUCUUCAUAUUCUUCAUUUCACAAUACGUUAUCAGCACGAAUCUGCUCAAAAGAUCUUCAAGAAAUCAUCUCCUCCCGCAGUCCAAUGGCAAAUAUAAGCAAAAGAGAAUUCGACGUUCUUGACAUGUCUGGUCAAAAAUACCUGGAAUGGAAAGUUGAUGCUUUAGCACAUUUGAAGGCUAAUGGUCUUGAAGACACCAUUGAGGCUGAUAAUCAAUCAUCGUCCCAGGAUAAAGCGAAAGCUAUAAUUUUUCUCCGUCACCAUCUCCAUGAAAGUCUCAAAUCUAAAUAUCUUUUGGUUGAUGACCCAAAAGAAUUAUGGAACAAUUUACAAGAGAGGUAUGGCCACCAACAAAAGGUCCUUUUGCCUAAGGCUCAGUAUGACUGGAUCAAUCUAAGAUUCCAGGACUUUAAAUCAAUCAGUGACUAUAAUUCUGCUAUGUUUCAAAUAACAUCUAAAUUAAAGUUAUGCGGACAAAAAGUCACUGAUGCUGAUAUGUUGGAGAAAACCUUUUCUACUAUGCAUAUCUCUAACAUGCUG